AUGGCGAUCAAUGACAGCGCCUCAAAAUUGGCCGAUACAUUUGAAGUGAAUCUUGGACAACGAGACGAAGAGUAUCUCACUGAAUCAGAAGAUGAAUCCGAAUCUCAACUAUUGAGCUCAGCGAGCCAGGUCGACCUGGAUCUCAACAAAGCAAUCUUGAACAACUACAUCAUCGCCCACAGCAAUGAUGGUGUCGAAACCGGGGCAGCCAGAGAGAUCAAAAAUGGUGAACUCAACAGAAUUAUCGACCAAGCUCGCGAGUAUCAGCAAGAGCUCUUUGAUAAGGCCAAAGAUGAGAAUGUCAUCGCUGUUCUCGAUACCGGCAGCGGUAAGACCCUCAUCGCCGCCUUGCUGAUUCGACACUAUCUCCAACGAGAAAUCAUUACUCGAAACCAGGGCGAGCCGGCGAAGAUCGUAUUCUUUCUGGUCAACAGUGUCCAUCUUGCGCGACAACAGGCCUCGUUUCUUAGCAACAAUCUACCACAGAAGGUUAUCCCUCUCUUCGGGGACACAUCUGACGAUCUGUGGAAGAAAGCGGAAUGGAGCCGAAUCUUUGCCGAAAACAGUGUCGUGGUCUGCACAGCUGCUGUGCUUGAUUCUUGUCUCAUGCAUUCGUACCUCACAAUUAGCCAGAUCUCUCUUCUUGUCUUUGACGAAGCCCACCAUUGCAAGAAGAACCACCCAUACUCCAGGAUCAUUAGGGACUACUACCUCAAAUGGAAAGGGGACAGACCGCGAAUCUUCGCCAUGACAGCUUCCCCUGUCGAUUCAAAGGGAGACAUUGCCAAGGUAGUUUCUGAUCUGGAGGCGCUGUUGCAGAGCAAGAUCGUCACGACGACUGAUCUUUCCAUCUACGAGUUUGCGCCUCGAGCAAAGGACGUCAUCUGGAUCUACCCUCCACUACACGGUGAAUAUCAGACCGAUCUGUGUUCCGCCUUGGAGCCGCUGUGCGGAUUCGUCAAAGACUUGGCUCACUACUUUACUUUCUCGCGGUUAGCUUCCAAGCACUUGGGGGCGUGGGCGGCAGACAGAAUCUGGAAAUAUGCACUUCCAACCUCUGAGCACCAGUCAGCGGUCAUCGUCAGAAAAUACGAGCGAGACGUAGCAUACAUGGGGAUAACGGACCCCGAGCAACGACAGGCAAAGAUGAAUUUAAUUCGUGACGCUGUUUCGGUCGUGCAGAGAUACGACUUCCGUCCUGCGCAGGUCGACGAGGACCGGGGACUAUCUCCGAAGGUGAGAAAGCUGUAUGAGGAGCUGAGAAAUCGAUAUUCGACGGUGCCAACCACUCGAUCGAUAGUAUUUGUGGAGGAGAGACUGACCGCCAUGAUCCUUUGCGACCUCAUCGAGUCCAUCGCUCUCCCCCGCCUCCGCCCUGGCGUCCUAGUGGGAGUUGCACAGUCUGGAAUAGAGGCAGGUUCGUGGCGGGACCAAGAAACCGUCAUGGAGAAGUUCAGAACUGGAGCCAUUAACAUCAUCUUUGCGACCAGCGUCGCUGAAGAGGGCAUUGACAUUCCGCAGUGCAACCUCGUCAUCCGGUUCGACCUCUACAAGACUCCCAUCCAAUAUAUGCAGAGUCGGGGCAGAGCGCGAAUGAAAGAUUCGAUUUUUGUGCAUAUGAUGGAAGAAGGAAAUUUCUCCCAGGAAGCGGGCAUCGAUUUUGCCAUGCAACAGGACGAAUAUAUCCGACAGUACUGUCAGCAGCUGCCUCCGGAUCGGUUGUUGGGCCAAGGCUCGAAGUUAAAACAGCUGAUGGCCAGAGAUGCGAGUUGCCAGAGCUUCGUCACUAGUGCUGGCGUUCUAGCAAAUUAUGCAAACUCGCUACUGCUGCUCAAGCGCUACACCGAGUCGCUGAAGAAGAUCGGGGCGCCUUCGUCUGAGAUUUAUGAUGAGAUGAUUAGCGCUCAAGAGAACAUGUUCCAGUACAAGGUCAUCCUUCCUCCUACUGAUGACCCACGAACAGCACAAGUGAAAGGGGCCAAGGGUGAACCACGAACAAACAAGGUGUUGGCGAAGCGCUCCGCUGCAUGGCAUUGCAUCUACAAACUGCGGAAAGCACAUUUGUUGGACGACAAUCUCGACAGUAUCUUCUCAAAGGUGAAACCGCCCAAUCUCAAUGCUCGUAUUGCAGUGUCCGAGAGGAAAGAUGAGUACGACAAGAAAGUGAAACCGGAUUUCUGGGUCGACAGCGGAACAACAUCACCACUACUACCUAGCAAGCUGUUCCUGACGCACAUACGGAUCGAACCCAAAUCAAGCUCAUGGUCUUCCGAUGGUGUGCUUCUGUUUACUCGCGCGCUUCUCCCAGCGAUCCCCAGAUUCUCUGUCUAUGUGGACAACAAUGUUGAGAAGCAAGUCACGUUUUACCAACACGCGGAGCCACUCGUCGUCACUACAGACCAGGUCGAAGCAUUGACAACAUACACUCUAAAUGGCAUCUUUUACGAUAUCUUUAACAAGCAAUAUUCUCACAAAUCGACCUCAAUGAGCUACUGGCUGGCGCCUCCCAGGGACCCAGGGCAGUCGAGCGCUUUCGAACAGGUCGUACAUAUGGAACAGCUUCUAGCUGCUGGGGCACCUGAACGAGGGAAGUGGGACCCUUCUACCAGUUCAUCUGAUGCACAGAAAUGGUGUAACGCCUUUCUCGUCGACCGAGGAAGUGGAAAGUUCCGCUAUUUCACAGGAGAAAUUCUGGCCGGGAAGACGAUCUUCGAUGCCACUCCUGAGAGUGCAGAGAGGUUGAACAAAAAGUACGACAAGACAAUCAUUGAGUUCUCGGACAGUACCUGGAGGGCGAAGUCGAAGGAUUUUGAGAAAGAUGUCAAAGACCGGUACGAUGCACACCAGCCUGUACUGGACGCCAAAGCACUUGUAGCAGGUCGGAAAUACACUGAGAAAUGUCCCGAGAAAGAAAAGCGAUAUGCCUUUUGCCACAUCGCUCCACAGCCACUGGAACUCGGCCGGAUCUCUUAUUCAGUGGCCCAAACGUGCAUACUCUGGCCCUCCGUUCUUCACAGGUUGGAAGGCUACCUCAUCGUAAGGGAGGCGUUCCAGAAGCUUGACCUGGAACAAGUACCUUUGGACCUGGCUCUGGAGGCUUAUACACAGAAUCCUUCCGCCGAGGCAGACAUUGCUGGAUCUGGAUCCGAUGCUGGGAGCCGAUAUCGGCCGGAAGGCGAGGAGCAGCCUCAUGCCCGCAGUGAAACGGGUGCCAUGAAUUACGAACGGCUUGAAUUCAUUGGAGAUUCGCUUCUCAAGUUGAUGACCACUAUCACAGUCUUCAACCGCACGACCUGCAACGAGGAGGGCAUGCACUGCAAACGUAUGAACCUGCUCUCAAAUAGUCGGCUGUGCGAUACGGCCUCGGCACCUCAUUACGAGCUCUACCGCUACAUCCGUUCGCCCGGUGAGAGCUGGCGAGACACCUGGUACCCUGAGUUCCUGGAGCGGGUUGGCAAAGGCCGAAUCAUCAAGUUGACGGACAAGCACCGCAAGCAUGCCCUGGGCAAGAAGACCAUCGCAGAUGUAUGCGAGGCGACGAUCGGAGCAUGCAUCAUGACGAGCCAGCAUCUCCCCGCGGAAGAGAAGUUCGACCUCGGCAUCAAAGCAAUCACCAAGCUCGUCGAGCAUCCAGACCACGCGAUCAACUCGUGGAAGGAGGUCCUGCCCAUGUACAAGCCGGCCGCCUGGGUCGGGGAGCUCAAUGAUCCGAUCGCCAAUGAUUAUGCGGACAAGAUCUUUGCAGUCACGGGCUAUCGAUUCAAACAUGCACGCUUGAUCCGCUCAGCCAUGACCCACUCAUCCGAUCAGAACUCGCCCGUGCAAGAUCUCCAGCGCCUCGAGUUCCUCGGUGAUGCAUGUCUCGACUGGGUGUGUAUCUGGUGGCUAUUUUCGACCAAUCCGACCCGAGACCCGCAAUGGUUGACCGAGCACAAAAUGGCCAUGGUGAGCAACAAAUUCCUGGCCGCCCUCGCCGUCAUUCUGGGGUUCAACAAGUUCGUCUACGCCACGAGUACCGCCGUGUACGAAGAGAUUGGCAGCUACGCACGCAAAGUGCAAGAAGCCUGGGCCGACGCCAACGUGAAACCCGAUUUCUGGACCCGCGUGGUCACCGGGUCCAAUGUCCCCAAAGUCCUCGCCGAUCUCGUGGAGAGCUAUUUGGGAGCAGUCCUCGUGGACUCGGACUUCGACUUUCGAGAGAUUGAAAAGUUCUUUGAGAGGCAUGUCAAGUGGCACUUUGAGGACAUUGAGGCCUACGAUACAUUCGCCAACCGUCAUCCCACCACUCAUCUAGUCCGGCUCCUGACGCAGGAAUUCGGCUGCCGUAAAGCCGUGCCCGUUCCGACUGAAGGAUCGGUGCCGCCAACCACGCACGCCAAUGCUGAUGCCGAAGGAGGAGAAGAUGGUGAGGCCGAUGAAGGCGAUGCCGCAAUGACAGGCGUGGAAUGCCACUUGGGGUGGAUGGUGCACGGCGAGAUCGUGGCUCACGGCAAGGGCCAGAGCGCCAAGUACGCAAAAGUGCGAGCAAGCAAGGCUGCGCUCAAGAUCCUGGGGAAGUUGACAGUCGAGGAGUUCAGAAAGCAGUGGAAAUGUGAUUGUCAGACGGGGAAGGAGCGGAGGGCGGCUGACAAGUCGGUGGUGGCGGACGGGGCGUGA